AUGGAUGUGCAAGUGGACGCGAUGGAGAUGGCCCUGCCGCCGAUCGAGUCGUUCAAGAAUUGCGAGUAUCACGUGCGUGUCAGCGGUACGACCGAGCUUGACCGCCGCGUUAUGUCAUUCGUGGACAACCUGUGGGGCUUUGAGGUGACCGGCGGUAUCGACCAGUUCGAGCCGCUGACGGUGAUCUCGGUGAAGCGUGAGGGGCUGGCCCGGCGGGCUGGCAUCCGGGUGAACGAUAUCAUCACCAAGAUCAACGAGACGCCGGCGGACAAGCUGACGCUCGCGCAAGCUCAAGAACUGAUUGCGGAGUCUGGCCGCACGGUGAAGAUUUUUGUCAGUGGCGAUGUUGAUGAAGACAGUGAAGAUGAGAUGACGGUCGAUUAUUGGUUCAAACCUUAUGGUUUCUUCUCCUCAGUGAGCGACGCCGAUCGGUCAAUGUUGGAUUGGGAAGCUCGUCUCCGUGCCAAUAGAAAUCCCGACAAAUGGAACGGACUGUGGCCAUGGAAUGAUCGUAGGAAAGUGGUGUACAAGGAAUCCAACUGCUACAUGGUCCCCAGUGUUGCGGAGGAAACACGUGAACGGGAGUUGAAACUGCGUGCCACCGAAGAUCAAUAUUCAAAGCAUUUGAAGCGAGAGCGCGAGGAAGCAGAACAGCGAGCGGAGGAGCAACGAAAGGUGGACGAGGUCCGCCGUGCCGAAGAGGAACGGCGGGCGGAAGAGGAGCAGUUCUUUGCCAAGUUCGAGGCGGAACAGAAGCAACGGCAGGAGGAAGAAGCGGCCAAGCGGCUGCAGAGUGAAGGAGAAACGGAAACCACGCCGCAGGAUGCCGAUCCGGAACAAAGCCGGGAGGCGGAUGCCGAGGCGGACCAGUACAUCGACGAGCUGAUGGAGCAGGAAAAGGACCUCGGUGAGGUCAGCACGGAUAUGAUCGACCCGGAGGAUGGUGGUACGGGAGAGCUUCAUCGAUUGACUAAAGUGUUCGGUAGCUUUUCGAAGCCCAAAACUAGGCCACGCAUACGUAAUCAUCUCGGUGAGACAUCGACCUACGACUGCCUGCCGCUGUUUGCUGACCACAUCCGUCGCACAUUACAUCAUCUCAUCGAAGUACACAAAAUGCCCGAAUUUGUGAUUGAGAAACGCAAUAUUCCAGUGCUGACGAUCUCGUCGAGGGAUGGGGCUCCUAGCACCGGAAGCGAGAACGGCGACAAUCCGCUCGGUUUCCGCAUUACGGGUGGGGCGGACUUCGAGAUGCCGAUCACGGUGUUUCAGGUGAGUGUGCUUCCAGAGCUUCUCGGUGCUGUGCGGUAG